UUCUGCAAACAUCAGAUCUACAUUAAAUAGCCUGAAAUUAAAACUUCCUAUUUUCAGCAUGCUUCUAUGCUUCUUUCAGAUUAAGGUGAGAAUAGGUGUGGUCCAGGAUUAAUUUAGACAGAGGUGAAAAGAGUUGUUCUUGAAUUUAAAUUUUUCAGAAAAAAUGGCCGCUCAAUUAUUUAACAGACUUGGACAAUUGGGAUUGGGAGUAGCUAUUGCAGGCGGUGUCGUUAAUUCCGCCCUUUUUAAUGUGGACGGAGGGUAUAGAGCUGUCAUGUUCGACAAGUUUCAAGGUGUGAAGGAUGUUGUUAUUGGAGAAGGAACCCACUUCAUGAUUCCUUGGGUUCAGAUGCCAAUUAUCUUUGAUAUCAGAGCUAGACCAAAGAACGUCCCUACUAUUACAGGAUCCAAGGAUCUUCAGAACGUAAAUAUAACCUUGAGGAUCCUGUACCGACCUCUCCCCAGUGCUCUUCCUAAUAUAUAUACAACCCUGGGACAGGAUUAUGAUGACAAGGUUCUUCCUUCCAUCACUAAUGAGGUGCUAAAGGCGGUUGUUGCCGAGUUUGAUGCCGGAGAAUUGAUUACCCAGAGAGAAACCGUCUCCCAGAGGGUCAAUGACGAGCUUACCAAUCGAGCUGGUCAGUUUGGAGUUAUCCUAGACGAUAUUUCUAUUACUCAUCUUACUUUCGGAAGAGAGUUCACAGCAGCUGUUGAGCUGAAGCAGGUAGCCCAGCAGGAGGCAGAGAAAGCCAGAUUUCUGGUAGAGAAGGCGGAGCAGAUGAAGCUGGCCAGUAUUAUCGCGGCGGAAGGAGAUACUGAGGCGGCGGAGCUUCUUGCCACUGCUUUCGGCAAAGCCGGAGAGGGAUUGGUUGAGCUGAGAAGAAUUGAGACUGCUGAGGAGGUUGCCACCCAUAUGGCCCAGUCAAGGAAUGUUGUCUAUCUCCCCUCCGGCCAGCAAACUCUGCUCUCCCUACCUCAGUAAAUACUCGGCUAAAAAACCUACUCCGAGAUCAGGAAUUCUAAUCUGGAAUCCGGAUUUUUGAACUUUGACUCUAAUCGGUAUUCUAUGAGGUAGAACCGCCAUGAUCCCGGUAGUAGCGGGAUGAAACUGUCCUGUCUACCCUGAGCUAUAGAUAAACCUGGACAUAUCGCUUGUUUGUAUUGAUUAGCGAGUCCAGAGGCAUUUUGUGAUACAUUCAGAUUCUCUUGUAAGUUGUAAUGGUCGAAUAAAUUUUAACUUAUGAAA